CCAAUAAAUCAUUGUGCAAAAUGCUUAGGCUUAAAAUAUUGCUCAGAAAUGUGGUAUCAACGAACUUGCUCCGAACCCAGACACGUUUGCUUCACGUUGGCGAGGCGAAUGUCUUGCCCAGCGAGGUGGACAAGCAAUCGGCCGAAUACAAGGACAAUGCCAGCGAGAUGGGGAAGCUUGUCACAGAGCUGCGCAACCUCACUAGCCAAGUGCUGACGGGUGGCGGUCAAAAGGCCAAUGAUAGGCACACCUCACGCGGCAAGCUGUUGGCCAGGGAACGCAUUAAUUUACUUCUGGACAAGGGUUCGCCUUUCCUGGAACUUAGUGCUCUGGCUGGUCACGAACUGUACGGGGAGGAAGUGGUCAAUUCUGGCGGGAUAGUAACUGGAGUGGGCCGGGUCUGCGGCACUGAAUGUGUUGUCGUGGCCAACGAUGCUACUGUCAAGGGUGGCAGCUACUACCCCAUAACUGUGAAGAAGCAUCUGCGUGCCCAAGAGGUUGCCCAGGAGAAUAGACUGCCGUGCAUUUAUCUUGUGGACUCCGGUGGUGCUAAUCUGCCGCGCCAGGCCGAGGUUUUCCCCGACAAACUGCAUUUUGGGCGCAUAUUUUACAACCAGGCAAACAUGUCAGGCCAAGGCAUUCCCCAAAUUGCCGUUGUCAUGGGAAGCUGUACGGCCGGAGGAGCCUAUGUCCCAGCCAUGGCGGAUGAGAGCAUUAUUGUGAAGAAACAAGGAACCAUUUUCCUGGCUGGUCCCCCAUUGGUGAAAGCUGCGACCGGAGAGGAAGUUUCCGCCGAAGAUCUGGGCGGUGCUGAUCUCCACUGCAAAACUUCGGGUGUCACGGACCACUAUGCUGUCGACGACGAGCACGCUCUGUACUUGGCCCGCCAGAUCGUUAGCAACCUGAAUCUGCCCGCCACGAACUCAUAUAACGACCAGCUGCUGCACUCCAGUCAAGCGAACUUCAAGAAAGACAACACUUAUGUUCCUGCUGCAGUAGAAGAGCCGCGCUAUGAUCCCCUCGAGCUAUACGGCAUUGUGGGACCUAAUCUUACCAAAAGCUUCGAUGUCCGCGAGGUAAUUGCCCGAAUCGUGGAUGGCAGUCGCUUCACCGAGUUCAAGAAACUUUUCGGCGAGACUUUGGUCUGUGGUUUUGCGAAGCUCUAUGGGCACAGGGUAGGAAUUGUCGGCAACAAUGGUGUCCUCUUCUCGGAUAGUGCUCUCAAGGGCGCCCAUUUCAUUCAGCUCUGUGCACAGCGCAAGAUUCCUUUGGUCUUCCUGCAGAACAUAACAGGUUUCAUGGUUGGGCGCGAUGCCGAGGCUAAUGGAAUUGCCAAAAAUGGAGCUAAGAUGGUUACAGCUGUUGCAUGUGCAAACGUCCCCAAGUUUACAGUGAUAAUUGGUGGGUCGUACGGUGCUGGAAACUACGGGAUGUGCGGACGGGCCUAUUCGCCGAGAUUCCUCUACAUGUGGCCUAAUUCGCGCAUCUCUGUGAUGGGAGGCACUCAGGCAGCCAAUGUAUUGGCCCAAAUCACUCAAGAUCAGCGGAAGCGAGCCGGCAAAGAGUUCACCGAGGAAGAGGCCCAGAAACUAAAGGCUCCCAUUGUGGAAAUGUUCGAGGCAGAGGGCUCACCGUACUACAGUACCGCUCGUUUGUGGGACGACGGCAUCAUAGACCCGGCCAAUACACGGCAAGUGCUGGGCCUGAGCCUAAAGGCAGCCCUCAACAAUGCUGGACACGACACGAAGUUUGGCGUUUUCCGCAUGUAAAUUUGAUUCGCAUGCGGGUGUAAUUAACACUGGGAUAUGUGCAUUUAUAGACAUUUAAUGUCCUGCCACUAUAUUGAAACUGUUGCAUUUAUUAGUGUUAAGUGAAUUGUUGUUGUUUCUGUAAAGGUCCAUGGAGUAUCUAUUUUUGAAAUGAAU